AAGGCCGGAAAUCCGCAGGAGAGGAGACGCCUUGCCUUGAUCGAGCUCAACCUGGCUGCAAAUCUGCAAUAGGCUAGAGAUGAGAUAGCUGGCUGCAGUGCAGCUGCAGCUCCGAAUCCAUGGCUCCGCCGUCCGUGUCCCACUCCCCCGCGGCGCGUGUGCUCCUCGCCUCGACCCCGUCCCCGCCCCAUCUCUCCCGCCGCCGUGCGGCCCGCGCCCUGGUGGCGCGGCCAGCAGGCCGGCGCCGCGGUGGCGGGGACGGGGGCGUGCGCCUUCGGACCAUCCGGUGCGGCGCGAUGAGCGAGGAGGACGGGGACCGGGGUGGUGAGCAGGUGGAGGCGGCCUGGGAGGAGAUGGCGGCGCCCGGCCGCGACCUCGUGACGCUCUCUGCCUGCCUCGUUGGCCUCAUCACUGGCGUCUCGGUCGUCCUCUUCAACCUCUCGGUUCAUGAAAUACGUGAUCUGUUUUGGGAUGGCAUUCCAUUACGAGGUGCUUCAUGGCUAAGGGAGGAGCCCAUUGGUGAUAUUUGGCAGAGAGUGAUACUCGUUCCAGUCACAGGAGGCAUUAUAGUUGGCAUGUUAAACACAUUAAGAAGUUCUAUAGAAUUCAACUCAAAUGACAACAUGUCUAAGAUAAAGGGUGCCGUUAGGCCUUGCUUGAAAGCUGUGGCAGCAUCUUUUACUCUUGGAACUGGAAAUUCGUUGGGGCCUGAGGGACCAAGUGUGGAGAUUGGUUCGUCUAUAGCCAAAGGAUUUGGAAAUGUGCUUGAGUUGGAAGGCGGGAAAAAACUCUCUCUUGUGGCAGCUGGAUCAGCAGCUGGAAUUGCAUCAGGUUUUAAUGCUGCUGUUGCUGGAUGCUUUUUCGCUGUGGAGUCUGUUUUGUGGCCUUCUUCUUCUGUGGAUUCUUCAUCCCUUUCCAACUCGACACCUAUGGUGAUACUCAGUGCAGUGAUAGCGUCUGUUGUUUCAGAGAUUGGUCUUGGUUCUGAUCCUGCUUUUACCGUUCCAUUAUAUGAUUUCCGAUCACCAACAGAACUUCCUCUAUAUCUUUUGCUGGGCAUCUUCUGUGGCUUGGUGUCAACUACACUAUCUAGGUGUACAGCACUUUCUAUGGAGAUAGUUGAAAGUUUACAAACGACCGCUGGAUUACCAAAGGCUGCAUCUCCUGCCAUAGGCGGCCUUAUUGUUGGUCUUCUAGCCCUUGUAUACCCUGAAGUUUUAUAUUGGGGCUUUGAAAAUGUUGAUAUUUUGCUGGAAUCACGACCAUUCACAAGUGGACUCUCGGCAGCUGUAUUGGUUCAGCUCAUUGGAGUAAAAGUAUUGGCGACAUCUUUGUGCAGGGCUUUUGGAUUGGUCGGAGGCUACUAUGCACCAUCCCUUUUUAUUGGUGCAGCUACAGGCAUGGCAUAUGGCAAGGUCAUGAAGUUUACAUUUACUGGCCCUGAAGCACUGUUCCAUAUCCCAUUCCUAGAUGUGGCAUCACCUCAAGCAUAUGGCCUGGUUGGUAUGGCAGCCACACUUGCUGGCGUAUGCAAGGUGCCUCUGACAUCUGUUCUCCUACUGUUUGAACUUACACGGGACUAUCGUAUAGUUGUACCUUUGCUUGGGGCUGUUGGAUUAUCAUCUUGGAUUGCUUCUCCUCAAAGGUUUUCUAGGAGCAAUAGGGGUAAGCUGGAUUCCUCAGAGGCAAAAUCAAGUAAAUUUAAACAGGCAAAAAAUGUGCCCUCCCAAACACAACAAGCAGCUACAAUGGAUACUGAUGAGCCUACUACAGAACUAUGUAAACUUGAAAGCUCAUUAUGUGUCUAUGAUGCCAAGCUUGAUAAUAUGCUGGAAAAUCUUACCGUUGCAGAGGCAAUGAAGACUAAAUAUAUUUCUGUCUCAACAACAACUCCAGUAGUUGAGGCCUUAAACCUUAUGCUUGUGGAGAAGCAACAGUUUGUCAUGAUAAUUCAGAGUAAUAAUUCUCUAGUAGGCUUGCUAACGCUCAAUGAUAUCCAGGAUUUCUGCAGAACUGCAAAAGGUACCAGGGCACAGAUUGAGGAGCCUAUGGUAUCUCAUGUUUGUGGAGCUGUUGAGUGUAAAAUGUUGCCAGUGACAUCUCAGACACUGCUAAUCACUGUUGAAAAGAUUAUGGACUCUCACGGAGUGGAUCAACUUCCAGUAGUUUCAGAACAUGUUAAUCGUCAGAAUAGAGGACUCUUGGUUGGUUUCGUAGAUAGAGAAGGCAUCACCAUUGCACGAAGAGCUGCAGCAACAAAAGAUUUUUUGAGUUUUACAUCUGAUAUAAGAAGCGAGGAAAGAUGACAUGGAAUCGCUUAACGCUCCAACUUCACAUCACAUGAUAUUAGUGCGUAGCUGUUCAGAACUGCCCAUUUGUGUAUAUAAGUGCCAACCCCAUCGGACUCAAGAUUUUUACCAGACUGUUUUGCUAACUUGAGAAUGUAACUGGCAACUUAACUGUUCAGGAGCCUUUAGUUUUACUCAAAGGAAUCCCAGUAUAGCAAAUCAGUCUCUGUAUGUGUAUGCACAAAUGGAUAUAUCUGGUUUUGUCGUACCAGUGUGGUAGAAGCAUUUUGAGACGAAAGCAAUUUGUCAAACUUGCGUUUUCCAUUGCCCCGAUAUAUUGCUAGGACAACAAAGGCCAA